GCACGGCGGGACGGCGGGAGAGCCGACACCCGGUCAGUCAGCUCCGGCCCGGCGGUUCCGGGGGUCGGGGCGGGACCCCAGCAGGUCCCCGGCCUGCCCUCCGCCUGUGUGGCCGCGCCCCAGGCCCGGGGAAGGGCUGCCGUCGGAGUGGGCCUCCGGGGCGGGGUCGUUGCUUCAGUGGUCGGUUCCCGACUGUUCCCUAACUCAGAAAGUGAUGCCACCAAGAAGAAAUGAGAAAUACAAACUUCCUGUUCCACUUCCAGAAGGGAAGGUUCUGGAUGACAUGGAAGGCAAACAGUGGGUACUGGGCAAAAUGAUUGGCUCUGGAGGAUUUGGAUUGAUAUACUUAGCUUUCCCCACAAAUAAACCAGACAAAGAUGCAAGACAUGUAAUAAAAGUGGAAUAUCAAGAAAAUGGCCCAUUAUUUGCAGAACUUAAAUUUUAUCAGAGAGCUGCAAAAAAAGACUGUAUCAAAAAGUGGGUAGAACUCAAACAGCUUGAUUAUUUAGGAAUUCCUACAUUUUAUGGAUCUGGUCUCACUGAAUUCAAGGGAAAGAGUUACAGAUUUAUGGUAAUGGAAAGACUAGGAAUAGAUUUACAGAAGAUCUCAGACCAGAAUGGUACCUUUAAAAAGUCAACCGUCCUGCAGCUGGGUAUCCGAAUGUUGGAUGUACUGGAAUAUAUACAUGAAAAUGAAUAUGUUCAUGGUGAUAUAAAAGCAGCAAAUCUACUUUUGGGUUACACAAAUCCAGAUCGGGUUUAUCUUGCAGAUUAUGGACUUUCCUACAGAUAUUGUCCCAGUGGGAACCACAAACAGUAUCAGGAAAAUCCUAGGAAAGGCCAUAAUGGGACAAUAGAGUUUACUAGCUUGGAUGCCCAUAAGGGAGUAGCCCUGUCCAGACGAAGUGACGUUGAGAUCCUUGGCUACUGCAUGCUGCGGUGGCUGUGUGGGAAACUUCCCUGGGAACGGAACCUGAAGGACCCUGUGGCCGUGCAGACUGCUAAAACAAAUCUGUUGGAUGAGCUCCCUGAGUCAGUGCUAAAAUGGGCUCCUUCUGGAAGCAGUUGCUGUGAAAUAGCCCAAUUCUUGGAAAGUGCUUAUCGUUUAGCAUAUGAUGAAAAGCCAAACUAUCAAGUACUCAAGAAAAUUCUGAACCCAGGUGCAAUACCUUUAGGACCACUGGAGUUUUCCACUAAAGGACAGAGCAUAAAUGUACAUGCUCCAAACAAUCAAAAAGUUGAUUCACAAAAGGCUGCAACAAAGCAAGUCAAUCAGAUGCAAAAUAGGUUAACGGAAAAAAAAGUCCACAGUGAGAGAAGUGCUGAGUCCUGUGCAACAGGGAGGAAAGUGCAAAAGGAGGAGAAGCUCACUGGACUGAUGAACAAUGAAGCAACUCAGGAAAGCACAAGGAGAAGACAAAAAUAUCAAGAGUCUCAAGAAAUUCUGAAUGAAGUAAACCAUUUCCCACAAAAAUUCAGCUAUAUACAAUUCCCAAAUUCGUUUUAUGAACCUCAUCAGGAUUUUUCUAGUCCAGACGUAUUCAACAAGUCAAGAUCUCCAUCUUGGUAUGAACACACUCCCACAAUGAGUACAAGGAUCACGGACUUAGAAAGUUCUACAGGACUGUGGCCUACAAUUUCCCAGUUUACUCUUAGUGAAGAGACAAAGGCAGAUGUAUAUUAUUAUGGCUUCACCACACUUGUCCUUUUGGUGUUAGUAUGUCUUGCUUUAUAUUUUCUCUGAAGAUAGCAAAUAUCCUUUUAAUAAUUUUUAAAGUUUCUAGUUCUUCAUGGAAAUGUUACAUUUUUGUUUCAGGGUUUCCUCCCAGACAUUCUCAAGGUAAUUGGCUUAAAAAAGAGAAUAUAUCUUAAUAAAGACACUCUAAAAAAUAAAAUUGCCUUAUACUAGAAAUACACAGUUUGGAAAAUACUUUUCUAAAGUUUAGAUCAUCUAGGAAAUCUAGAAAAGGAGUUUAAUUUUUUUAUCAAAGAAAAUUUGUAAAUUAAAGUAUUAAUGCUAAGGACAAUUUAUUUUACAGAAAACUUCCUACUAUUUUUUAAAAGAAAGUAACGUGUUUCAAAGGUUUUAGAUAAACUGACAUACUGUACAGGUAUCUAUCUUAUAAAACACAUUAUUAAAAGCUGGGCACAUUUUCUGAAAUGUGAUUAACAAUUUGCUUACCUUACUACAAUAUGGGCAUUCACCAAAUAUGAUGUUAAAACUCUGUCUACUAGUCAGUAGUCCUCUCAACCACUGAAGAUUUUUAAAAGAUAAAGAAAAGGAACAGUGUCAGUAUAAUUACAAAUUAGAUACUCCAAAUGUCAUUAAGUGCACUAUAUUUUUAUUCCAGAUUUACUUUCUUAAUUUUGUUUUGUAAGACUAAGGAGUAUAUUUCCUGAGCCAAUACCAGAUAUUAGUAUGCUGAAUAACAAGGGGAAAGCAACAUGGAAUUUGAGAUCUAAACCACUGGUUUAUAACCAAAUUAUGGGCCCCUUUAAGAAUGUGAUGAGUUAUGCCCUUUCUCUACCCGCAAAGCAGAUAUAUACAAAAAUAAUGUAUACAAGUUCCUGGGGUUCACAGACCUUCCCUAAAUCACAAAUUAAGAACUCCUACAGUAAAAGAUACCAUAGGCUCCUGAAAAUUUAGGUCUUAGUUCUAGUCUUAAUCACUAACAGUGGGUUAAUUCUCAAUCCAUUGAUUACAAACAUGAGGCAGUCAAUUCUAAAAAAAUUAAAUGAAUAUUAAUUACUACAAAAGAAACCACAUGUUCCCUAGGUGUAAUUAGACCUGAUAUUUUAUGAUAUUAUAUAAGGUAAAUUUGAUGUCUCUCCCUAAGUUCUCCAUUGGUAAAGUACAGAUAGUUCCACCUGCUAUCUCUAAAAAGGUGAUAUUACAGAAGACACCAAAAACAUAACAACUGCAAGGUGUUUUGUAUAUAGAGCACAGAGCUAUUUAAUAUAUCAACUGUGCCCUAAGAUGAGUGCUGUAGAGGGCAAAUGACUAAAGACAGGAAUGAAAGCAGACUUCACACAUAGUAAAUAAAUAGUUAAUGGCAUUGCCUGAGAGUACCAUAAGAUGUUCAGAUCACAAAAGGCAUUUUUUUAUAAUAUCAAAAGUAGGAUUAUUGCAUCUAUUCUAUACUUACAUAUAUCCUGAAAAGUAACAAGGUACUACAUGAUUGCUAAUUCCCUUUCACGUUAUUGCUACCACCACUCCCACGUGGAUGAAUCGACAGUUUAAAUUGUGGUAACAUGAGAUAUUUAUGGAAAAAUUCCAAUGUACCAUCAGUUUAACUUAUGUGUCAAUAAGCUAGUCCAUGAAUAUAUUCGGGAUAGAUUUUCCCCCUUGGAUACUUGAGAACAUUUCUUCACUCAUUAGUAACUAUAAUGAAAAAAUGAAGCACAUGAGCAUCCGGAAUAAACUAGUAAAUAGCAAAAGAGGGGAUCGCUAUUGACUUAAGCAGAUUUUAAAUUCUGUAUGUUCUGAAUAUGCAUACUUCCUACGUUGUGUUAGCUGUAAAAAGUGUUGUUGAUGUUAUCUUUUACCUCAUAUAAGCAUAUUUGAUGGAAAGGUUGUCCACACUGGGAAUUAUCACACACUUGAUCAGGAAUGGCACCAUCAAGUUGAUAGGCAUAACAAAUUCCACAAUCCAUAGUAAAAUCCUUCAAAAGAAAAA